AUGUCGUUAUGGAACCAGGUGACGAAAUGGCAGCUACAUUUAAGCCCAUUUAUUCAGGUGCGUACUGCAACAAAGCGAGCUGCGGGAUCUAGAACCUCUAUGAAAGAUUCGGCCGGUAGAAGGUUAGGUCCAAAGAAAUCUGAAGGAGAAGCUGUUUCUACAGGUCAAAUUAUCAUGAGACAGCGUGGUACAAAGUUUUAUCCAGGGGAAAAUGUUGGGAUAGGUAAAGAUCAUACUAUUUUUGCUUUGGAACCAGGGUUUGUGAGAUACUAUAUGGAUCCAUUCCAUCCAAAAAGAAAGUUUAUCGGGGUGGCUCUAGCGCCAAAUGUGAGGCUACCAACUCCACAUUUUGACCAGCGUAUGCGUCGGUUUGGCAGGUAUAUGCUUACCGACCCUGUGGAAGCAGCUAAGGAAGAAGCUGCUUUGCCAAGGAAGACAUUUUUAAUGAAAGACAAGGUUUUAGAGGCGCAACAAGCCCGUGAGCAACGUCGUCAGGAGCUAAUGAAUGAAUUUGAGCGUAUAUUGAAUUCAGAACUGCAAAUUGUACUGGAGGGCGAAGCACUAGAUUUUGCCAAAAAAUAUCUCUUGAGAGUUAGGUCAGCAUUAAAAAAUGGGUUUGAGGUUUCGGAUGCACAAUUCAAUAGUCUGUAUUUCCUAGAGCAGGAAUUGAAGCUAUUAGGAUGUGCAGAUGAGAAGCUUCAGCUUCUGAAGACGACUGUUGAACACCUGAAUAAGUCUACAUCAUUUGACAACAAACUGGUCUUGACAAGGUUUAUCAGUGAGGAAGAAAAGCUCGCAUGGAAGAAAAAGGCUAUUGAGCAGCUUGGCGCUUUAGAUAGAUCCUCUAAGUCGUUCAAGAAUGAUGCUCUAAAUAUUCUAGCCGAUGCCUCGAAGUACUUGUCACUUUCCCAAGAAGUGCUCAUGCGUAGACAAUACCUAAAGCAGGUACUACCGGAAACUAUGGCUUUGGCUCCUAAGGAGGGUAAGAAUACACACACUCUAAGGCGGUACAACUACGAGAAACGGAGUGUGGAUGUGGUGAUAAGAUCUAAAGACGCAUAUUUCUCCAAGCUUUAG